AAUGAAGUCCAGCAUUCCAUUCCAGUAGUCCAUUCCAGUAAUCCAUUCCAGUGAAUGCAGACACCCAGAUAGACCUAUACAUCAGGAGUACGAUUCACAUCAAUAUGGUUUGCCUUUCUGUAACUAGACCUAUAAGUGCUUUGUUUUUCAUUGCCACUCUUUAUCGCCAGUUGUCUGAUUGUGCUAGUGCUAAUAUAACGGUUCAGCCAGUGUCUAUUAAUACAACACUCAACUCUACUGUUGUCUUCUCUUGUGAAGGAGCUGGUGAUGAACUUACUGUCCGAGUUAAUGAUGAACAAGCUUCUAGUUACGAUGUUAAAAAAAAAGGAUUUAGAUUUAGUGCAACAACAAACGAUAGUAGUGGUAUCACAAGAGCAGAGCUACAAGCAGUAGCAUACGAUGAUAAUAAUAAUACUAAAGUAAAAUGUCUGGCUGUUACUUAUGAACCUCGUGAAAGAGUAUUCAGCAAUACAGCAAAAUUUAUGAUACAAGGUCUAUUGAAUAGUGUUGUUGAUCUGAAUUACACUUUCAUUAAUGGAUCCAGUUGUACUGAUGGUGAAGCCCCUAGGAAUAUAACUGUUAUUAUACAAUGUAAUGAAACUGGUGUUGUACUAACGGAGAAUACUAAACAAUUAAUAAAUAUAACAGGAUCAGUACCAAUACCGCUAAAUCAAAAGUGUAAUAUCAGUAUUAGCGAGGCUGGUAGUACAUAUAUACAAACAGUUGAUAUUACCAUACCUCCUAUAAAAACUAGCUCAUCAUCACCAAGUGUCACACCAACUUUAGCACCAACUACUCCACCAAAAACAUCAUCUUCAGGUUAA